GCGUUUCUCACACUGAUGUGUUUUACUGUCUCUCUAAACAACAGGAUUAAUCUGAUAGUGAACUCGUACUGAAGAGCAGAUUUUUCUCAUCAAAACUGUAUCAUUCAGCUGACGCGCCAAGUAACGGUCGGACGAUGGCUGCAAUAUUAAAACAGUACCAUAAGAGAAUACAGACUGAACUGGAUAGAGUUGUGGAUUUCUGGCUAAAAUACUCUCCUGACGAGCAACAUGGUGGGUUUUUUACCUGCAUUGGAAAAGAUGGGAAGAUCUACGAUGAACUUAAGUACGUGUGGUUACAGGGCAGACAGGUGUGGAUGUACUGCAGGCUGUACCGAACCAUGGAGAGAUUUCACCGGCCGGAGAUCCUUGAAGCUGCAAAAUCAGGUGGAGCAUUUCUGCAGAAAUUUGCUAAAGUUCAGCCCUCCACCGGUCAGAAAAAAUGUGCAUUCUGUUUGACGAGAGAUGGUCGAGCUUUGAAGGUUCAGAGGACGAUCUUCAGCGAGUGUUUCUAUGUAAUGGCCAUGGAUGAACUGGCUAGGGUGACAGAAGACCCAGCGAUGCAGGCGGAUGCAGAGAGUAUGAUGGAUCAGUUGGUGCACUGGGUCCGCAACGAUUCAUCGGGCCUGGGUCGGCCCAAGCUUCCCGGUGAUCAACCGGUUAACAGCAUGGCAGUUCCCAUGAUGCUCUUGUGCCUGGUGGAUCAGCUGACGGAGGGUAGAAAGGAGCUUAAAGGGAAAUACAGAGAGCUGGGAGACUGGUGUGUCAAACAGAUACUGCAGCAUGUACAGAGAGAUGGAAAGGCUAUUCUUGAAAAUGUCUCACCGAAUGGAGAGGAACUACCAGGUUGCCAAGGAAGAUUGCAGAACCCAGGUCAUGCUCUAGAGGCUGGGUGGUUCCUGCUGCAGUAUGCAAAAGCACAAGGUGAUAAAGAGCUGCAGAAAGUUGCUGUGGAGAAGUUCAUGGAGGUUCCUUUUCUUACUGGCUGGGACAAGAAACAUGGAGGACUUUUUUACUUUCUGGAUGUCGAUGGGCACUGUCCUACCCAGUUAGAAUGGAAUAUGAAAUUGUGGUGGCCACACUGUGAGGCUCUCAUCUCUUAUCUUAUGGCCUACGAGCACUUCAGAGACCCAGCGAUGCUGAAUAGAUUCGCACAGAUCUAUGACUACACCUUCACCCAUUUUUCUGAUGAGGAGAAUGGAGAGUGGUUCGGAUAUCUGAGUCAGCACGGGGAGGUAGUUCUGGACUUUAAAGGGGGGCCUUUCAAGGGGUUCUUCCAUGUUCCUCGAUGCCUGUACAUGUGUGAGAAGAUGCUGGAUCAUCUGCUCGCAACGGCAGAAUCCUCCAAAUAAUGACUGAUCACUUAAUCACUUUUAUAACUGUGCAGUAAUUUUUUUUCUAGAGAAACAAUAUCUACCAUAACUUUAUUCACUAAGGACUAACCAUGCAAGAGCUUUAUCUAAUAAAACUAAUCAGUAGGUUAACAACCAAGACCUGAUAACACUAAUUAAACAAUUAAUACGUGUUCUGCGAGUGGUUAUUAACACAUGGAGCCACUUUAGCACUUUGUGGGUAAGAUCGGACAACACUGUAUUAGAGAUUAUAUAUGCACUAACUCUCCUAAUCAGUUCUGUUUUGCAUUUCUUUGUAUUAACAUUUUAUUCAAAUACUUACCUAUCAUGUAAAUCAUUAAAAACUGCAUCUGUUUUGGAGAAAACGUCUCCCAACUUUCUGAUCCAGUAUUUAUAAUGAUUGACUGAUUUUAGAUUGCAGUUUAUAUAAUAUAAAUAGUUGAAAGUCACUGAGGUGAAGUGAAAAGGAAAGUAAAUAGCAACUUUUAUGUCCUAAAAAUGAGGUAGCUGUCUGUAUAACACCAGGCUAAAGUCAGAGGUUUACACACACACACACAGUAUGUACAGAAACAUCAUUGCAGUUUUGGGAUUUUAUUGACUGACAUCAAGGGAGUUUCAUAUACAGUAUGUACUACACCACCAGCAGGAUAUUUCGCCACCGGUUGGCUGGGCGCCAUCUAGCAGGAAAUUGGCCACCGUGGCCACCGUGUCUGCUAGGGCGGGAUGACCAGGCUAUGUGGGUGGGGUCUUCAAAAGCUGUGCAAGGACCCUGAUUAGCAGAUAGAGAGGCACCUGUGCAGAGUGCAUGGGCGAAAAGAAGGGGUCCGCUAAGGACUGUGCACGGGUCGGAAGAUGCAUUCGAACGCAUUCAGGGAUCCCCAGCAGCGGAAGAAAACUUGACUAGGCUACAUGGGAGAAAAUGCAUAAAUAAAUAGAAAGAAAUAAUAAUCAAAUUUAAAAAAAGAAAAAAAAUUGAUUUGAUGUUUGGGAAAAAAAACAUUAUUUGUAGUAAUUAAUAAUAAUAAUAGUAAUAAUAAAUAAUAAUAAAUGAUACGGUUUAUUAUUGUUGUUUGUUAUUGUUAUUAUUAUUAUUAACACAGAAAUAAGCUGUUAAAGUGCCUCAAGGCGCUUGGUCACUGCCCAGAAGCAAAUAUUUGUGCCAUUGUAAGCAAUCAUGACACCAGACCCUUUAACACGAUUGUAAAAUCAAUUUAUAUUAGUAGUAAUGAUGGUGGUGGAAACAAGUGACAACUUUAUACCUAGUUUUUUGUUUUCUUUUUUGUAUAAAUCAAUAAAACACACUUCUUUGGGUUUUCUAAAAUAACUGGUACAAAAAUACAUGUUUUUUUUUCCAUGUCAAACGUUGACACAGCCAGCUUUUAUGCAGAUAUCUUUUAUGUUGAAGUGUGUACACAUUUUUAAGGACCCUUUAUUUGUUUUAAUACAGCUGCUGACUUCCCUGUGCCCGUAUAAUUACAUUUUGUUUGAUUUUAAAGAGGUUGAAAAGAAAAGAAAUAGACCUGCCAUGAAUUACAAACUGUUGGAACAAAAGUGACCCUGUCUACAGCCAAACAAGCUUUAUAUCAUAAUGGACUUAAAAGCUACUUUUAAGAACUAAUUCUGUUCUGAUAUAAUUAAGACUUUAUUUUCUAAGCAACGUAAUUGAUUUAUUCUUUAAACUUGAAACAUAUUAGGUCUAAAAUAAAUGAAAUAAAAACUGUAUAUUAACAGUACUAAUUUGCUUUGGCACUUUAAUACACAGCAUGUGUGGUUAGUGGUUGUGUUGUGCUGUACUAAAUAUAAUUGCACACUGCUACAUUUUUUAAAGGAAAAUUUACCCUGCCAUCUUGGCCACUUGUCUAAUAAAUGUUAUUGUUGUUAUGCUGGAAUCGGAAAGGCUGCAGGAAUUAACCAUGCUUAUAUAUGUUAAUAACAUUUCAUAAAAUAAACAAGUUACUGUAUGUUAAUUACUUGUAUUUUAUCCACUUCUUACUUACAUAACUCACUUCUUUUGACUUUGUAUUCAUAGAACAUUCCCAUAUCAUGAUGCUCCCAUCUCAGUACUUUGCUAUGGGUAUGAUGCAUUUGAAAUCGUAUGUACAACCCUUCUUUUUCUGAACAGGAUCAAAUUUUUCUUCCCAACCAUUGUUCUGAUUUGUAUGAAAAUUCAAGUUCUGCAUCUCUGUGUUUGUAUCACCAACUUUUUGUCAUUCAAAUUCUAAAAAGAUUAUUGUGGUGCAUUUCAUUGCUCUGUUGUUACCACUGCUUUCAGAUCAGCCUGCCACUCUUUUUGAUUAACUCCUGGCUUUUUUCUUACUUCUCUCAAUAAAAUUUUUCUAAAAACACAUGAUGAAAUUGUGUGUGGCGCACCAUCUGGGAAAGCAUUUUUGGUACAAUUAAAUUUUCCUUUAACAUCACAUAGUUGAAUGAACUUUACUUCUCCAUGCAAUGUCAGAGGCAUGUAGGAAAUUAAAGGAAACAUCUAGUUUAUUUUAGCCAAAGGGAAAAUAAUAAUAACAAUAGCUAUUUUAUAAUAGCUAUUAGGGCAAAGGGUGUCCUAACCUUUUCCUUAGUAGGAGUUUGCAUUUUUCUGUUAAAUUUUGCUAUGUCCAUUUUAAUAAAAAAACUAAAUAUUUAUUGUG